ACUUGCUCUUUCUCUUUCUCCUUUUUCCUUUUUCCUUUUUCCUCUGCGUUUUAGAUUCGGGAACUCAUAUUCAGACACAUCCAACAACAACUCAUUAUCAUAUUCAUCUCUCUCUCUCUCUCUCUCUCUCUCUCUCUCUCUCUCUCCAGUGUGUUAUUAUCGUCCCAAUCCAUCAACCUCACUGCCUUCAUCUCGCAUAUCCAAUAAUGGAGGAUCUUCCCCAAGGUUAUCGUCCCAACGUUGGAGUCUGUCUCAUCAACUCCCAUAAUCAGAUAUUCGUAGCUUCAAGAUUGAAUGUUCCAGGAGCAUGGCAAAUGCCUCAGGGGGGAAUUGAAGACGGUGAAGAGCCCAAAUUGGCUGCCAUUAGGGAGCUUCAAGAAGAAACUGGAAUAGCUUCUGCUGAGAUAAUUGCUGAGGUUCCGAAAUGGUUGACUUAUGAUUUCCCUCCUCCUGUGAAGACUAAAGUCAACCGUCUCUGGGGUGGUGAAUGGCAUGGACAGGCACAAAAAUGGUGCGUACUUGUGUGUUGGUUUCUCAUGCAACUAAGAGAUGAUGACAUUGAAGUCAACUUAGCUACCGGUGAAGCAGACCCGGAAUUUGCAGAGUGGAAAUGGGCAAGCCCUGAAGAAGUGGUCGAGGAGGCUAUAGACUACAAGAGACCAACCUAUGAAGAAGUUAUGAGAACCUUCAAGCCUUACUUCCAAGGGAGUGCAAUAUCUGCCAAGUGCAAAUCGGCAAAAUGGUGAACGUUAUGGAUUCAAAAUGUAGUUCAAUCCAUUUUUUUCACUAAUUUUUACUUACUACUGAGUUUGGAAUACCACUGCCAUUAUUUGUAAAUGGAUGCUAGGUAGAAACUGCUCAUUAGGUGCUAUCACUACUUGUAAUAAUAAAGAUAAAUAGAUGUAUAAGGUGUAUGUGGCUAUGUGCAAAAAGUUUACCUAGUUUUCUUUACUGAGAA